AUGAAAGCUGCUCUUGCUCUCAUCUUCUUCGCUUGUGUUGCCGGUUCCAUGGCUGCUGAUGCCCGUGGUGACUUUCUUAACCAACUCGUCCAACAAGGACAAGUUGUUGCUCAAGGUGUCUUGAACCAACUUCAAGGUCAAAUUCUCGGUCUUGUUCAACAAGCUCUCGGUCAACUCUCAACUCUUGUUGGUUCACUUGGUGGACGAUUCGACAUCGACUUCAGCGCUAUUCUCAACCAAAUCAAACCCCUUCUUGCCGGAGCUGCCAAUCAAGUUCUUGUUCAAAUUCUUGGUAGCAUCUCAGGUCUCAUUGGUGGUCGUGCUAGCAUUAACAUUGGUGAAAUCUUCAACGGUUUCCUCCAACAAAUCACCACCCCACUUCUUGGUAUUGGUCAACAACUCCUUAACCAAGGUUUAGCUGCCGUUCUUGGUGGAAUCGCUGGAUCACGUGGCUUCUCUGACAUCUUCGCUUCACUCCAACAACAAGUCAGCGGUGUUGUGUCAGCUGCUCAAAGCGCUCUCUCAGGUGCUCUUGGUAGCCUCUCAGCUCUCGGCUCAAACAUCCUCGAUGCCUCAAAACCACACUGGGAACAACUUCAAGAACAACUCGUUGGUCACGGCCUCAACGUUCUUGGAUCAAUCUCAGAAACCAUCAACAACGUCCAUGGUUCAAUCACCGGUGGUCGUUAA